GGCAGCUCCGGGUCUAUAAAGACAGGCUUCCCGGGCGAGCCGGGAGAUUUGGACGCCCCUGCCUGGGAGGUGUGCCAGAUCUGAGCUCUCCACCCGGUUUCUUCUCCGCUGUCCCCCCAGUUGGAGAUCUGGGACCAACCAGGCACCAUGGCGCAGAAGGGCCAGCUCAGCGAUGAUGAGAAGUUCCUCUUUGUGGACAAAAACUUCGUCAACAGCCCAGUGGCCCAGGCCGACUGGGCCGCCAAGAAGCUGGUCUGGGUCCCUUCGGAGAAGCAGGGCUUCGAGGCAGCCAGCAUCAAGGAGGAGAAAGGGGACGAGGUGAUCGUGGAGCUGGUGGAGAAUGGCAAGAAGGUGACGGUCGGCAAAGAUGACAUCCAGAAGAUGAACCCGCCCAAAUUCUCCAAGGUGGAGGACAUGGCAGAGCUGACGUGCCUCAACGAGGCCUCUGUGCUGCACAACCUGAGGGAGAGGUACUUCUCCGGGCUCAUCUACACGUACUCCGGCCUCUUCUGCGUGGUGGUCAACCCCUACAAGCAGCUGCCCAUCUACUCAGAGAAGAUCGUGGACAUGUACAAGGGCAAGAAGAGGCACGAGAUGCCACCCCACAUCUACGCCAUCGCUGACACGGCCUACCGGAGCAUGCUGCAAGAUCGAGAGGACCAGUCCAUUCUGUGCACAGGCGAGUCUGGAGCCGGGAAGACGGAAAACACCAAGAAGGUCAUCCAGUACCUGGCCGUGGUGGCCUCCUCCCACAAGGGCAAGAAGGACACAAGCAUCACGCAAGGCCCAUCUUUUGCCUACGGUGAGCUGGAGAAGCAGCUUCUACAAGCAAACCCGAUUCUGGAGGCUUUUGGCAACGCGAAGACGGUCAAGAACGACAACUCUUCACGGUUUGGCAAAUUCAUCCGCAUCAACUUCGAUGUCACUGGUUACAUCGUGGGAGCCAACAUCGAGACGUAUCUGCUGGAGAAGUCUCGGGCCAUUCGCCAAGCCAGAGACGAGAGGACGUUCCACAUCUUUUACUACCUGAUUGCUGGAGCGAAGGACAAGAUGAAAAAUGACUUGCUUUUGGAGGGCUUCAACAACUACACAUUCCUCUCCAAUGGCUUUGUGCCCAUCCCAGCUGCCCAGGAUGACGAGAUGUUCCAGGAAACCCUGGAAGCCAUGGCGAUCAUGGGCUUCAGUGAUGAGGAGCAGCUGUCCAUACUGAAGGUGGUGUCGUCCGUCCUGCAGCUUGGAAAUAUUGUCUUCAAGAAGGAAAGAAACACAGACCAAGCAUCAAUGCCGGAUAACACAGCUGCUCAGAAAGUUUGCCACCUCAUGGGAAUUAAUGUGACAGAUUUCACCAGAUCUAUCCUGACCCCACGUAUCAAGGUUGGGCGGGAUGUAGUACAGAAAGCUCAAACAAAAGAGCAGGUAAUGAUGCAUUUGCUUCCACAGAACAACCCUCCGGGUGUGCUGGCCCUGCUGGACGAGGAGUGCUGGUUCCCUAAAGCCACAGACAAGUCCUUCGUGGAGAAGCUGUGCACGGAGCAGGGCAACCACCCCAAGUUUCAGAAGCCCAAGCAGCUCAAGGACAAAACAGAGUUCUCCAUCAUCCACUAUGCCGGGAAGGUGGACUACAAUGCCAGUGCCUGGCUGACCAAGAACAUGGACCCGCUGAAUGACAACGUGACUUCCCUCCUCAAUGCCUCCUCGGACAAGUUUGUGGCCGACCUGUGGAAGGACGUGGACCGCAUUGUGGGCCUGGACCAGAUGGCCAAGAUGACCGAGAGCUCACUGCCCAGCGCCUCCAAGACCAAGAAGGGCAUGUUCCGCACGGUGGGGCAGCUGUACAAAGAGCAGCUGGGGAAGCUGAUGACCACGUUGCGCAACACCACACCCAACUUUGUGCGCUGCAUCAUCCCCAACCACGAGAAGAGGUCGGGCAAGCUGGACGCCUUUCUGGUGCUGGAGCAGCUGCGGUGCAACGGGGUGUUGGAAGGCAUCCGCAUCUGCCGUCAGGGCUUCCCCAACAGGAUCGUCUUCCAGGAGUUUCGCCAGCGCUACGAGAUCCUGGCUGCCAACGCCAUUCCCAAAGGCUUCAUGGACGGGAAGCAGGCCUGCAUUCUCAUGAUCAAAGCCCUGGAACUCGACCCCAACUUGUACAGAAUCGGGCAGAGCAAAAUCUUCUUCCGAACGGGGGUCCUGGCCCAUCUGGAAGAGGAACGAGACUUGAAGAUCACCGACGUCAUCAUGGCUUUCCAGGCCAUGUGUCGCGGCUACCUGGCCAGAAAGGCCUUUGCCAAGCGGCAGCAACAGCUGACAGCCAUGAAGGUGAUUCAGAGGAACUGCGCGGCCUACCUCAAGCUGAGGAAUUGGCAGUGGUGGAGGCUCUUCACCAAAGUGAAGCCGCUGCUGCAGGUGACGCGGCAGGAGGAGGAGAUGCAGGCCAAGGAGGACGAGCUGCAGAAGACCAAGGAGCUGCAGAAGAAGGCGGAGAGCGAGCUCAAGGAGCUGGAGCAGAGGCACACGCAGCUGGCCGAGGAGAAGAGCCUGCUCCAGGAGCAGCUGCAGGCCGAGACGGAGCUGUACGCCGAGGCCGAGGAGAUGCGGGUGCGCCUGGCGGCUAAGAAGCAGGAGCUGGAGGAGAUCCUGCACGAGAUGGAGGCCCGCCUGGAGGAGGAGGAAGACCGGGGCCAACAGCUGCAGGCCGAGAAGAAGAAGAUGGCCCAGCAGAUGCUGGACCUGGAGGAGCAGCUGGAGGAGGAGGAAGCUGCGAGGCAGAAGUUACAGCUCGAGAAGGUCACAGCCGAGGCCAAGAUCAAGAAACUGGAGGACGAUAUUCUGGUCAUGGAUGAUCAGAACAACAAGCUGUCCAAAGAGCGAAAACUCCUCGAAGAGAGGAUUAGUGACUUAACCACAAAUCUUGCAGAAGAGGAGGAAAAGGCCAAGAACCUUACCAAGCUAAAAAACAAGCACGAAUCUAUGAUUUCAGAACUGGAAGUGCGGCUGAAGAAGGAGGAGAAGAGUCGGCAGGAGCUGGAGAAGCUGAAGAGGAAGCUCGAGGGCGAGGCCAGUGACUUCCACGAGCAGAUAGCGGACCUGCAGGCACAGAUCGCGGAGCUCAAGAUGCAGCUGGCCAAGAAGGAGGAGGAGCUGCAGGCCGCCCUGAGCAGGCUGGACGAUGAAAUCGCUCAGAAGAACAACGCUCUCAAGAAGAUCCGGGAGCUGGAGAGUCACAUCUCAGACCUGCAGGAGGACUUGGACUCAGAACGGGCCGCGAGAAACAAGGCCGAGAAGCAGAAGCGGGACCUGGGGGAGGAGCUGGAGGCGCUCAAGACAGAGCUGGAGGACACGCUGGACAGCACGGCCACCCAGCAGGAGCUCAGGGCCAAGAGGGAACAAGAGGUGACGGUGCUGAAGAAGGCCCUGGACGAGGAGACCCGGUCCCACGAGGCGCAGGUCCAGGAGAUGAGACAGAAGCACACACAGGCGGUGGAGGAACUCACCGAGCAGUUGGAGCAGUUCAAGAGGGCCAAGGCCAACCUAGACAAGAACAAGCAGACGCUGGAGAAGGAGAACGCAGACCUGGCCGGGGAGCUGCGGGUCCUGAACCAGGCGAAGCAGGAGGUGGAGCACAAGAAGAAGAAGCUGGAGGUGCAGCUCCAGGAACUGCAGUCCAAGUGCAGCGAUGGGGAGCGGGCCCGGGCCGAGCUCAAUGACAAGGUCCACAAGCUGCAGAAUGAAGUGGAGAGUGUCACAGGGAUGCUCAACGAGGCUGAGGGGAAGGCCAUAAAACUGGCCAAGGAUGUGGCAUCCCUUGGGUCCCAGCUCCAGGACACCCAGGAGCUGCUUCAAGAAGAAACCCGGCAGAAACUCAAUGUGUCCACCAAGUUGCGCCAGCUGGAGGACGAGAGGAACAGCCUGCAGGACCAGCUGGACGAGGAGAUAGACGCCAAGCAGAACCUGGAGCGCCACAUCUCAACUCUGAACAUCCAGCUCUCCGAUUCGAAGAAGAAGCUACAGGACUUUGCCAGCACCGUGGAGGCCUUGGAAGAGGGCAAGAAGCGGUUCCAGAAGGAAAUCGAAGGCCUCACCCAGCAGUACGAAGAGAAGGCAGCUGCUUAUGACAAACUGGAAAAGACCAAGAACAGGCUUCAGCAGGAGCUGGACGACCUGGUCGUCGAUUUGGACAACCAGCGGCAACUGGUGUCCAACCUGGAAAAGAAGCAGAAGAAGUUUGAUCAGUUGUUAGCCGAGGAGAAGAGCAUCUCUUCCAAAUACGCGGAUGAAAGGGACAGAGCCGAGGCAGAAGCCAGGGAAAAGGAAACCAAGGCCUUGUCGCUGGCGCGAGCCCUCGAAGAGGCCCUGGAAGCCAAAGAGGACCUCGAGAGAGCCAACAAAAUGCUCAAGGCCGAGAUGGAGGGCCUGGUCAGCUCCAAGGAUGACGUGGGCAAGAACGUCCACGAGCUGGAGAAGUCCAAGCGGGCCCUGGAGACCCAGAUGGAGGAGAUGAAGACCCAGCUGGAGGAGCUGGAGGACGAGCUGCAGGCCACGGAGGACGCCAAGCUGCGGCUCGAGGUCAACAUGCAGGCCCUCAAGGGCCAGUUUGAGCGGGACCUCCAGGCUCGGGAUGAACAGAACGAAGAGAAGAGGCGGCAGCUCCAGAGGCAGCUGCACGAGUACGAGACAGAACUGGAAGACGAGAGAAAGCAACGUGCCCUGGCAACGGCCGCCAAGAAGAAGCUGGAAGGGGACCUGAAGGACCUGGAGCUGCAGGCCGACUCGGCCAUCAAGGGCCGGGAGGAAGCCAUCAAGCAGCUGCGGAAACUGCAGGCCCAGAUGAAGGACUUCCAGAGAGAGCUGGAAGAUGCCCGUGCCUCCAGAGAUGAGAUCUUUGCCACCGCCAAAGAGAAUGAGAAGAAAGCCAAGAGCUUAGAAGCCGACCUCAUGCAGCUACAGGAGGAUCUGGCCGCGGCUGAGAGGGCUCGCAAACAGGCCGACUUGGAGAAGGAGGAACUGGCAGAGGAACUGACCAGCAGCGUCUCAGGAAGGAACACACUUCAGGACGAGAAGCGCCGCCUGGAGGCCCGGAUCGCGCAGCUGGAAGAGGAGCUGGAGGAGGAGCAAGGCAACAUGGAGGCCAUGAGUGACCGCGUGCGGAAGGCCACGCAGCAGGCCGAGCAGCUCAACAACGAACUGGCCACGGAGCGCAGCGCGGCCCAGAAGAACGAGAGCGCAAGGCAGCAGCUCGAGCGGCAGAACAAGGAGCUCCGAAGCAAGCUGCAAGAGAUGGAGGGGGCCGUCAGGUCCAAGUUCAAGUCCACCAUUGCGGCACUGGAGGCCAAGAUCGCGCAGCUGGAGGAGCAGGUGGAGCAGGAGGCCAGAGAGAAGCAGGCGGCCACCAAGUCGCUGAAGCAGAAGGACAAGAAGCUGAAGGAGGUCCUGCUGCAGGUGGAGGACGAGCGCAAGAUGGCGGAGCAGUACAAGGAGCAGGCAGAGAAAGGAAAUGCCAAGGUCAAGCAACUCAAGAGGCAGCUGGAGGAGGCGGAGGAGGAGUCCCAGCGCAUCAAUGCCAACCGCAGGAAGCUGCAGCGGGAGCUGGAUGAAGCCACGGAGAGCAACGAAGCCAUGGGCCGCGAGGUGAACGCGCUCAAGAGCAAGCUCAGAGGCCCCCUUCCCCAGGAAACUCCGCAAUGACUCACCAGGCGAGGAAACGAGCCCUCCUUUGUUCCCUCUAGAAGGUCUGGAGGACGUCGAGUUAUU